AUGGUCGCACCGUCGAAUCCAGAACGCCAUCUCGUCUGGCAUCCCCGAGGCCAACCAUCGUUCCUCCUCGCAGCCUCAUCCCAGCUCACCCUCUACGACUUCUCCCCACGCACGCAACGCAUCACCCACCGCACUUCGCUCGCCGACCUCCCGUUCAUGAAAUGCGUCGCCUGGUCUCCCGACCCGCACUUCGACGACCUCGUCGCCGUCGGCCAGACCAACGGACGCGUCGACCUCAUGCGCGUCGGCGCGAGCCAGGAGAGCCAGGCCGGGUUUGGAGGGAGCGCGGAACGGAGGACGUGGGAGGAGGGCACGACGCUCAGCCCGGGGACCGUCGUCAGCCUGCCGAUUCGCAACUCGCGCGCGGUGAACGCGCUCGCGUUCAGCGCGGCAGACCCCAACUAUCUCGCCGCGGGACUCGACAAAGUGCGCGGCGAUCCGAGCUUGCUCAUAUGGGACGUUGCGUCGUCGGUACCGUCACUUUCGUUCGGCAUUGGCGGGGGUGACGGAGCCGCUACGCUGUAUGGACGGCCGAUGCUCGGUGGCAGUGGACGGCUGCCCCUCACGCGUAUGGAUCCACUCCCCCGUACCGACUCCCGCGUUAUCCAGGCGCACGCGCCGACCGAGGUGAUCUCCGCGCUUGCGUUUCUCCCCCAUACCCCGCACCUCCUCCUUGCGGCUCUUUCCUCGCGAUGGCUUCGCCUGUUUGAUCUCCGCGCACCGUCGAUACCGACCACGUCGCCAACGUCCAUCCAACAGCCAACUUCACCAUCCAUGUCGUCGCACUCCCCAACAGCACAGUUCCAGACGCCCAAUAUCGGAGGUCAAGCAACGCUCGCAAAUACCGCUACGAAGGCGCAUCUUGUCGCUACUUCCGUGCUCGAUGCCAAUUUGAUUGCAAGUGCUGGCGAUGGCGUCGUCAGCGUCUGGGAUUCACGGCGUCUCGCCACUCCCUUACUGACGUUCAACUCGUCCGACGGAAGCGGAGGCGGCGGGCGAGGUGUUGUAGCCAAGAUCGAAUGGAGCGGUGCUAGGAGAGGUGUCUUGGGUGUGAUGGAGAGGGACGGUGCAUAUGUCAAGUUUUGGGAUGUUGCUAGCGCAGGCGGCGGCGAUGGCACUGUGCUCGGAGGGAGCAAUGUUAACGCUAACAUUCUGGCCAAUGCGCCUGGAAUCGGCGGGCACGAUGGUCGCGGGCGUGCGAAUACGACGGGAGGCAGGGCACCGUCGAUCACGAAGCGGUCGUGGUGGGCGAGACAGAACACAUCUGAGGAUUCGUACGACCAAAUUGCGAAAGUCGUUCUUUCCAACUCGCGACGAUCCCGCCGCUCCCCCAAGCCCCUCACCUCCUUCGCACUCCUCCCUCCAUCCGCGUUUCCCCCUUCCGCCCUCGACACAACUCCACCAUCGUCCGACCCAGACGCCCUCUUCCCCUCCGCGCACCCUUCCUCGUACCUCCUCGUCAGCACAAAGGACGCGCUCUCCAUCAUGCCCCUGCACGAUGCGCCCCUCACACCCGCCUGGAGCUCGCGCGGCGGCCUCGUCUGCGCCGCCGGCGGAGGCGUCAAGAUCGUCGGCGGGGGCGGCCAAGUUCCCGAAGCCGCCGAGCACCCGCACAAUGUCUCCUCGAAUGCAACCCCGAAUAACAACGCGGACGGCCGGGGGCGCGCCGGCAGCGUCGUGGAGCACCGCGAUCCCAGCCGCAGUCCUCGCCCCGGAGCCGGAGCCACGAACGGCGACGGCAGGGCCAACGGCAACGCCAGCACCCUUGCGCCGUCCCCGCCGGCGCUGUUCGGGCGCGGCGACGCGGACGGGUUUCCGGCGCUCGUGUCGCCGAUCGCGUCGCCGGGGCGCUCGCAUUCGCAGCUGCCGCUGCCUUCUGUCUCAGCGCAUCAGGGCAGAUCGCGCACGUCGACGCCGCCGCCGACGCGGAAGAAGGGGAGAGAUACGGCGUUUAGCCCGUCGGCGCUUGCGAGGCUGUCACUCUCGCCUGGGCAGGAGUAUCGUGCGGGCAAGGGCGGGAGGGAUGAGCGGUCUCCGCUUCAGCCGCAUGUGAGGCUGCCACCGGAUGUGGAGAGGAAGGAGCCACGUGUGAGGAGGGGGGAUGGGAGCGAGAGAAGGAGGUCGAAGUCGAGGGGGAGGUCGAGGGCAAGGUCGAGGGAGAGGAGUGCGAAGGCGGUGGUGGAGGGUGAUAUUUCGUUGUUGAUGCGGAGGAGGGCGAGGAACGGCUAUGGGCUCGAACAUGCAGAACACAACGCUCGUCUCGCGCGCGAAGACGAUGACCAUGAGCUUGCCGAUCUGUGGGAUUGGAUACAUCAUGCAAAUGACAUACUCGGUAACCCCACAUCCCGCGUCGGCGGAUACGAAUUUGCCCACCAAGGCAUCCUUGGCAUCUGGGAAGGCUUCGCCCCCAUUCUCCCUCGCGUCAACCCACCCCUAGCGCCUCCCCCAUCGAACCAACCGCACACACCCGCACCGCCCGAACCACCCCAUCCCUCACCUGCCCACCAUCCCUCAGCAGGCAGCGGUGGCAGCGGUGGCAGCGGCGGGAUGCUCGGCAAAACAGCAAGCAUGCUGCACCUCAGCUCCGCCAUCUCCGCGACGCGCUCAAUCGUGCCCUCCUUCACGGGCUCCAUGACCGCGCCGAACUCGCCGACAUCGAGCCCGCCGCGCAGCACGGCGACGCUGCAGACGGACACGGCGACGGACCAGUCGGGCGGGUCGGAGUUGGACGCGGACGAGCAGCCGCCAGCGGAGUACGACGAUGCGGUGGACAUGGUGCUGAUGCAGUCUGCGGGGCUAACGGCGUGGAAGCCGAUGGCGAGGACGGAGAUGUUGGCGAGGAGACGGUUGGCGUUGAAGUUGAGUGGGUGGGAUGAAGCGGGGAGUGUGGGGGAGUUGGUUGAGAUAUGGCAAGGUGAGGGGCAGUGGUCGCGUGCGGCAUGCUGGUUGCUAUUCAUGCAGCAACACGACAAGGCGCUGAGUGCUCUUAUGCAGAGUGAUGACGAAACGCACAUCAUGCUUUCUGGUACAAUCGCCGCGCUUAUCAACCAGUCUUCAAGCUCAAACGGAAAAUCGUCCGCCGCCCUCAAAGGCCACGCACAGCAGCUCGCACGAAAGCUACACGACCCAUACUUCAGAACAAUGCUAACGUGGCUGACUACGAAAGACUUCACCACCAUCCUAGAUGCGCAGGAGAAGGACGACACUGGCGAUGGCCACGGCGAAUGUCUACCCCUCGUCGAACGGCUCGCCAUCGCCCUUCACUUCCUCCCAGACGACAAGCUCGCGCCGUACCUUCGCAAGGUCGUUCAACGCGCAUCUUUGACAGGAGAUAUCAACGCCCUCGUCAUCUCCGGUCUCAUUCACGCCCCUUCAUCGCGUACACCGACACCGAGCCCCACCGCCUCCACACAGCCGCACGAUGCCCCCGCCGCUGCGAUGACGACAACGUGCCUCGAUAUCCUCCAGGUGUUCGUCGACCGCACCGGGGACGUGCAGACAGCCGCCUCGCUCGCCGCGCACCUGUCAUACCCUACCUCGCCCGCGAACGGCGCGGAGCGCUGGGUCGAGGCGUACCGCGACCUCCUGGACGGGUUCAGGAUGUUCCACGAGCGCGUGUGGUUCGAUGUCGAGCGGGGCAGAGUGCUGCGCGAGCGCGGGGCGGAGGGGAGCGAGGGCGUGUGGGAAGGCAGGCGGGGCGCGCGGUGGGCGCCGAGUCAGGUGUUGAUCAGGUGUAAUUAUUGUAAUAAGCCGAUGGGCGGGGAGGGGUUUAAGGCUGGGGCCGGGAAGGGAAGGCCGACGGCGUGUCCGAACUGCAGUCGGUCGCUGCCGCGGUGCUCGAUAUGUCUUAUGACGCUUAGUAUCGUGCCAGAUAACGUGCGCGAUGCGGACUUGUCGCAUUCGCAGGCGGACUACAGGGAUACCAUCGACGAAGCGCUCGUUAUAUGCCAGAGCUGUCGUCACGGCGGGCAUGCCUCGCAUAUCCUCGACUGGUUCUUCGGGGCGGAGGGUAUACGCGCGCGGGGUGUUUGUCCCGUAGUGGACUGCGAUUGUCGAUAUAAUUUAUCCGCAAAUACUGUUGUACCAGAGAAGUCACUACUCGGAAACACCAACAUGACGAUAAACGGGAAGUUCGGAGCUGUGCAUUGA